ACAGAAAAAAAAAAAACAAUGUCCUAUGCAUCUAAACUUCCUUCGUGGUGGAAUGCAGAGCCGCCUCCGCGGAAAGUGGAAAUUGACCUGAGUUCACCUGGAUUAGCAGUGUUUGAGUUGGAAAGACUCUUGUAUACUGGCAAAGCCAUCCUCAGCCACGCAGAUGAAGUGUGGCCUAGGCUGUACAUUGGUGACCAGCACAGUGCAGAGAACCAGGCUGAUUUGCACAAGCACCAGAUCAGUCACAUCUUGAAUGCAGCUCACAGUAAUUAUAGGGGACAACCAGAUAUCUAUAAGGGAAUGAAGAUCACCUACUUGGGUAUAGAGGCUCACGACUCCUGUAACUAUGACAUGAGUGUCAACUUCCAGGCAGCAGCAGACUUUAUCCACAAGGCACUUAGCAGAGGAGGCAAAGUGCUGGUCCACUGUCAUGUAGGAGUGAGCCGGUCUGCCACCCUGGUUCUGGCUUACCUGAUGCUGAAGCAGAACCUCACUCUCGUGGAGGCUAUUUGUGCUGUGAAAGAGAGCCGUGGUGUGAUUCCUAACCGGGGUUUCCUUCGACAGCUCAUCAAACUGGAUGAGCAGCUCUUUGGCAAACAUCACUGAAA